AUGGAUAGAGAUAAGAAAAUGGAUCAGUCAGUACCGAACGUUAUGCAAGGAGAAACCGGUAAACAUCAGUUGAUUUCCAGAGAAAUGAGUGAUACAAAUUUACAACAACCACCUACACCAAAAUCACCCUCACCAAAAGAGACUAACAACAACGAAUACGAGGAAAACGAGGAUUUUGACAUCGAUGGCGGAGAAACAACUUUGCAUAGAAUAAGUAAAGAUUAUUUGAAGCCAAACAUUGGGCUUGUUCUCUUGACAGUAUCAUAUUUUUUUAACUCGGCCAUGGUGGUGUCUACUAAAGUCUUAGAAAACGAUCCUGAUGAUAUUGCCAAUGAAAGACAGAUUAAGCCACUGCAAAUCUUAUUAGUUAGAAUGGUUAUAACGUAUGUUGGCACAUUAAUAUACAUGUAUAUUAAUAAGAAUACCAUUUCGGAUGUACCAUUUGGCAAGCCCGAAGUACGCAAAUGGUUGAUAUUGAGAGGCUGCACUGGAUUUUUCGGUGUCUUUGGCAUGUAUUAUUCGUUGAUGUACUUAACGAUCAGUGAUGCUGUUCUAAUAACUUUUCUGGCGCCAUCGUUAACAAUAUUUCUAUCGUGGAUUAUCCUAAGGGAGAGGUUUACCAAAGUGGAGGCACUAGGCUCACUGAUUUCAUUAAUGGGCGUGGUGUUGAUUGUAAGACCGUCAUUCAUAUUUGGGACGCCCGAGUCGACGGAUUCUUCAUCUCAGAUAAUAGAGUCAUCAGACCCAAAGUCAAGACUGAUCGCUACUUUGGUUGGACUAUGGGGAGUUUUAGGGAUGAGUUGCGUCUACAUCAUUAUCCGUUAUAUUGGUAAGAGGGCCCAUGCAAUAAUGAGUGUGAGUUAUUUUUCUUUGAUCACAGCGAUAGUAUCAUUUAUUGGGAUCAACACCAUUCCCUCUAUGAAGUUUCAGAUUCCACAUUCUAAGAAACAAUGGAUACUAUUUGGCAAUCUAGGUGUAUCUGGCUUCAUUUUCCAGCUCUUAUUAACUCUGGGCAUCCAAAGGGAGCGUGCUGGGAGAGGGUCUUUAAUGACGUAUACCCAACUGCUUUACGCAGUUUUCUGGGAUGUUUCAUUAUACAAACAUUGGCCAAGUAUCUGGUCAUGGAUUGGUAUGAUAAUUAUCAUAAGCGCUACAUUGUGGGUGAUAAGAAUUAGAGCUGCCAACAGCGAAACAAUCGCGAAAGAUCUGACCCCAAUAAUUGAUGACGAGGAGAAUUCCAUUCCCCUGACUGAGUUUGAUAUUUCUGAUUCCAAGUGA